CGAGAUAAUAUCUCGGGGGUCCCCCGAGACCCAGUCUUCAUCCUUAUCUGCCCACCUCAUCUCGCUUUCUCCCUAUUCCCACUCUUAUUUUCCCUAUCUCCAGUUUCAUUAAUUUUUAUUUUUUUGUCUGUUUGUAAUUUUAGUUAUAGAGACAAAAAUAAAUGAUUCUUGGAAGCAUAUGAAACUGGGCUGGAAAUAUCCGAUGUUCAUGUGAGUCGGCAAGUUGGAUAUAAUUCGUGCACCAACUUCUACAUAUAAGCCAGAGACCACAGGCCGUAGUAAUCAGGGAAGAUUGAAAUUGAGAGAGAGAAAGAGAUAGAGGGAGAGAGUGAAGAUGGUUUUGCUUGAGAAGCUUUGGGAUGAUGUUGUGGCUGGGCCUCAGCCUGAUCGUGGUCUGGGCAAGCUCAGGAAGCUCACCACCAAGCCCUUGAGCGUUAAAACUGAUGAAGGAGAAAGCAGCAAGUACCAGAGGUCCAUGUCGAUGCCGGCGAGCCCUGGAACUCCGGCGACGCCUAUGACUCCCACCACUCCCACGUCGGCUCGUAAGGACAACGUUUGGAGGAGCGUGUUCCACCCAGGUAGCAACCUCGCCACCAAGGGGAUGGGUUCUGAUUACUUCGACAAGCCAACUAAGAAGGACACCCCAACUGUUUACGACUGGUACGUACCUACGCCUGUUCAUCUCCAUGCAUGUAAAGCGUAGUAAGAAGCCUCCAAACUCAAAAACUCUCUGAUGCUCCUUUUGGGUACCCAGAAAACGGAAGAAUGAAAAAGGAGCUGCAGUUAGCAAACACCCUCGGAAAAGGGAAUAAUACAAAAGAUGGCUUAAAUUUCUUUCCUUUCUUCCUUCCGUUUUCUCACCAACCAAACGGAGACUGACACGAACACUUGGCUUCAUGUUUGUCUAGAACUUCCCACGCGAUCAUGGUGUCGCGUGGGGGAACACUCAUGCAACGCAUGAUAUAUUAACACAACUUGCUUCAAGAAAUACGAGCCGUUAGAUCUGGUGUCUUUUUGAGUUUAUGAGGUGAUUUCUUUAUGAUCUAGUAUGAUCCGACGGCUUGGACCCGUCCAUUUUGUUUUCUUUAUAUUCCUACAUGUACUGAUGCGUUGUGCGGGAUCACAGGCUUUACAGUGGGGAGACAAGGACCAAGCACCACCACUGAGACGGCGGUUACCGGGGUUGCAUGUACAUACUGUUUUUGGCUUUCCAGUAUCUGCAACGUGUCAUCACCAUUUUAAUGGUUCUGUGAUUACGUGUCCUAGCUAGGAGUGUGAGCUGAGCAAGUAAGCUUAAAAUUGGGUUUUGUUAAGGUGUGAAGCGCUGACACGGUUGAGACGAGUCCUUUUGGGUUGUUUUAACUUCAGAUCUACCGUGAACGGUGGUGAUGAGUAUGUUUUUGUAUUAUUAUUGCAUCUGUUAUUAAUAAUAAUAAUAAAGAAAUGGUAUGUGUAUGCUCCUUUUUUUAA